GGCAGCGACUGAGGCAGCGUCCCGCCCCCAGGAACUGUCCAAACAUUCCAAAGCCGUGAGCACAGCACCGAGCGCGCCUGCUUGCGCCCACCCUGCGAGGCAGAGCAGUGCUGCCGUCCCAGGCCAGCCAUGGCCCCACGGCUCAGCUUCCUCCUCGCCCUGCUCCUGGCCGGGGCCAGCAUGGCCCAGCAGCAGUUGAUGGAAUACAUGGAGAGGAGACUUGCCGUUUUGGAGGAGCGGAUCUCCCAGUGGCACGACCAGAGCAGCCGCUACUCCACCGAGCUGCGGGAGUUCAAGAACCAGGUGCUCACGUUGCUGGAGAACUCGGAGAAGGAGCGGGAGAGGCUGCGCGCGGAGGGGGAGAACGCGGCCGUGCGGGUGGACCGGCUGGAGCGGGAGGUGGACUACCUCGAGACGCAGAACCCGGCUCCGCCCUGCGUGGAGGUGGACGAGAAGCUGAUGGAGAACCAGGGCUCAGCAGCCAAGAGGAGGAAGAAUGAGAAGUAUGACAAGCUGACAGAUUGCAGCGACACCAUCUCCCAGGUGAAAGCCAUGAAGAUCCUGAAGAAGUUUGGCAGCAGCGCUGGGCUGUGGACCAAGGACCCGGUGGGGAGCUCGGAGAAGAUCUACGUCUUCGACGGCACCAGCAAUGACACCGUCUACGUGUUCCCCAGGAUGAGGGAGUUCACGCUGUUCUCUGCCACGCGGAAGGCUGCCCGCAUCAAGCUGCCCUACCCCUGGGUGGGCACCGGCCACCUGGUGUAUGGGGGGCACCUCUACUACAUCCGGCAGCAGGGCACCUUCCAGGUCAUCAAGUUCAGCUUGGCCAACAAGACCGUCGUGGACAGCUCCGUGUUCCCCGCCGAGGAGCAGAUCCCCGUCUUCGGCCUCUCUGCCUUCAACUACAUCGACAUGGCCGCCGACGAGGAAGGGCUCUGGGCCAUCUACGCCACCCGGGAGAACGAGAAGAACAUCUGCCUGGCCAAGCUGGACCCGGCCUCCCUGGACAUAGAGCAGAUGUGGGACACGCCAUGCCCCCGGGAGAACGCUGAGAGUGCCUUCGUCCUCUGCGGCGCCCUCUACGUGGUGUACAACACCCGGCUGCCCAGCCGCUCCCGCGUGCAGUGCGUCUUUGACGUCAGCGGCGCCAUGACGCCCGAGGACGCGGCCUUGGUCUACUUCCCCAAGCGCUACGGCUCGCACUCCAGCAUGAAGUACAACCCCAAGGAGCGGCAGAUCUACGCCUGGGACGACGGCUACCAGAUCAUCUACAGGAUGGAGAUGAAAAAGAAAGCGGAGAUCUGA